CACAUGGAGGGCUAUCAGGUGUCCAAUCAAUGCAUGGCGUUGGUACGAGACGGCUGUUUGGUUCCUACAAAAGACGCACCGGAAUUGGGCUACGUGAUCGAGUCCACCGACAAACAAUACGUUCCGGAUGUCUUCUAUAAGGAGAAAGAUACGUAUGGAAACGAGGUGACGAGACUAGCAAGACCUCUGCCAGUAGAAUACUUAUUGGUAGACGUACCUGCGUCCACUCCGCUUACCCCACAAUUUACUUUCUUCACGGAAGACAACAUCACUCCAUUUCCAGUUGAAAACAGGCAAAUCGAUGGACAGGUCCAGGAAUUCAAUUCAUUGUGCACCUACAUGCAGCAAUUUAACAGCGAUCAAUUUCUGGAGGCGACUUCCGACUUUCACUUGCUCCUCUUCAUCGCUACCAUGGAUAUGUAUCCAAUGAAGGACCACAUGUUGCCGCUGCUCGAAGCUAUUCGCAAUAAGGACAAGCAGAAAGCAAUGGAGUGGGCCCAGUCGGAGCAUUGGGCGACGGUGGAGCAGCUCAUAUCCGUGACCUCCACGUCGUCGCGUCCGCCGCAAACCUCGUCCUUCGGUAACAACUCGAGGACGUUGCCUGCCGCGGCCGCGGAGGCCAGCGGCGGGAUAGGCGUCGGUACCGAGCCGAUCGCGAAUCCGCCGCCCGACCAAGCUCUCUGGACCUGUUCCCACUGCACUUUUCUCAAUGCCGCGGACUUAGCAGUUUGCGAGAUGUGCAAUCUGCCAAGAGGAGAUGUUGAGGAAUAUGACGAAGAAAUGAUGAGGGAAUUGUUUUGAUAACAGAAUCAUGAGUUCAGGAGUUCAGUCGAGCCUAACGAUGCUACAAAUGUUAGAAAUUUGCAUGAAUAUUCGGCAUUAAACAAUUUAUGGAUCUUAUGUACAUCAUAUAUAUAUAUUUUUUCAUGAAUAAUAUUCAACUAUUAUUCCUUAGUAUCAGACACACGUAAUAUCUUGCGAGAUAACUUGCAAAGAAAUAGUUAUCGCAAAUGAAAUGUAAGGGUAUAUAAUUGACUGAUGAAAGGGAACUAGAAACAUGUAGGCUCUUCAAACGUUAUAUAUAUAUAUAUCCGCUGUUUACUUAAAUAUCAUAUUCCAAAUAAAGUUUUUUCUCUUAUCGUUAAUAAUAAU